AUGGCUUAUUCAUUUGGCGAUUUGAGGUGUUCAAAACGUGCUGAACGUUGUCAAAACAAACUGAAGUCUUUUGUGUCUGAGUUGCUCAGCGCCUCAGCUGCUGGUUCAUCUGGAAAGGGUUUAAUUUCGCUUGCGGUUGGAGAUCCCGCGCUUGAUGGUAAUUUUCUUCCGCCGCCAAUUCUGACGUCGAAUUUUGUUAAGUGCGCGAAAUCCAAUAUCUGCAAUGGAUAUUGCCCAUGUUUUGGGCUUAAUGAGACGUGUAAGUCCAUUGGAAAGUACUGGAAGACGAAUUUCGCCCCGUCUAUGAAGGGAGAAGUCGCUGCUGACCAUGUCAUUGUGGCGUCGGGUUCCUCAGAUGCGUUGUCGAUGUGUUUUGGUGCCUUGUGCGACGAUGGUGAUAAUAUUUUGCUUCCGGCACCCUUUUUUGCACACUACGAUACCAUUUGUUCUUACUAUAACAUUCAAACGAGGUUUUAUCACUGCAAUCAUGAGAAGAACUGGGAGAUUGACUUUGACCACCUGCGGAGCCUCGUUGACGGCAGGACGAAGGCGAUUCUGAUGAACAAUCCGUCGAACCCGUGCGGCAGUAACUUUUCACGACAACACAUUGCGGACCUCAUUCGUGUUUGCGAGGAACUUCACCUCCCGUUGAUCGCGGAUGAAAUCUACGCGGGCCUGGUGUUUUCAGGCGAGAAGUUCACCUCCGUGGCGGACUUUGACACGCCGGUGCCUCUUUUUGUUGUGAGUGGUCUCUCCAAACGGUUCAACGUGCCAGGGUAUCGCUUUGGCUGGGUGGUUGUGGUGGAUCGGGAUGGUUACGGCGCAAAACUACUGAAAGGGGUGCGAAAACUGGCCACCCGUACUCUGAUGCCCAACUCGCUCUUGCAACAUGCUGUCGUGAGUGCCCUUGAGGAGACGCCACAGAGUUUUUUUGAGGACUGUGCGAAUCGCAUGGAGGCGGGGGCGAUGGUGCUUUACAACGGCCUCAAGGACUGUCCCGGGCUGAAGUUGGUGCGGCCACGUGGUUCGAUGUUUAUGUCUGUCGUUCUCGCCUUUGAGGAAUUGGACUGCAGCGUACGGUCGGACGUGGAGUUUUCCAGGAGGCUUGCGGAGGAGGAAAAUGUUCACGUAUUCCCGGGCGAGCCUUUUAAUAUGCCAGGAGCUUUGCGGAUAACUAUUUCUCGAUCCUUGCCAAUGUUACACGAAGCUGUCCAGCGCAUUCAAUCCUUUUGUGAGAGGCAUCGGCGCGCCUAG